AUGCAGUUGGAUGCUGACAAGCUUGUACUGCCAAAGGACUACAUGCCAUUAGGGACAAAGAUUGGGUGUGGCUUCCCAUUCAUGAAGGCUGAUGAGUGGAAGUCUUGGUGCUUGGUGUACUCUCCUGUUCUCCUGCAUGGUCAUCUACCUGAAGCUCAUCUUGCCCAUCAAUCUUUGGAGGCUUUCUGCAGAGAGUGUGAGAAGUUGUAUAAAGCCCUGUUCCUUUUGCCAAACAUGCAUCUCCAUCUUCAUCUGCGAGAGACUGUACUGAGCUUUGGCCCGGUUUAUGGCUAUUGGCUUUUUAGUUUCAAAAGAUGCAAUGAUAUCUUGAAAAACUAUGCAACAAAUAAAAAAGACGGGUUUAAGAGAACCUAUAUGAAGAAGUAUCUUGAAGAAGCUUAUCAGGGAGAUCUUAUUUGCCAAACUUUGCCAAUAAUUCGACCUGAGCAUUCAGCAAUCAUCCUUGAGCUCACUGCAUCUACUGCCAAUUCCAUAGCCACUUCCACUUCCACUGCCACCUCAAUCCAAUUCGAUAUCAAUACUUUUCUUGAUUCUUCUGAGAUCAACUUUGAUAUUGUCAAGGGAAAUGAGCCUUUGCCCCCUUCUGCACUUCCUUUAGCUCUAAAGGGGGAGAUUUCCAUGGAUGAAUCCGAGUAUGAGUAUUUGUUAGAAUACUAUUGCAAGACAUACAAUGACCAAACUCUUGUUCAUUAUUGUCAGGCUGGUCAUUCUGAUAAUUUUGUUAAUAAUCGGAUACAGAUGUUUGAAUCAAUCGAUCUUCUCAGGCAAAUCUACAAGAGCAAAAUGAAGAAUCAGUGCAGGUCGUUCAUGCAAGCCUUGUUUGAGACAAGUGAUAAUAGAAGUACCAAGCCAUACACAGGCCAAAUUAAGUACCUCUUUGUUAAUACUGCUGUAAACUCGUUUGCUGGUCAUGCAAGCCAGCAUGUAUUUGCAUAUGUACAAUGGUACAAGGAAGUUUUACUUCAGCCCAGAGCAGGAGAAGGAGUUGAGGUGAAUGAGGUGGGGUUCGAAGAUGACAGCAUGAACAGCAUUCUCCCAGUGCAUAGAAUCUGCUAUCCAGUCGCAGUAGGCGAGCACCUUGGUCUAGAAGGCAAAGUUCAGAUGUGUGUAGUUUCUUUGCCACAAAAAAUAUAUAUUUAG